GAUCAGUCGCAGUUUGCUCGUCAGCCGCGGUGCCUCGUCGUGUCUCGUACCACAGUACCGUCUCGUAUUGUAUUGCCUCGUUCCGAUCUGUACCGAGAGUCUCAAGAUCUGUGUGGGUGAAAGAGCAAAAAAACAGCGAAAGAUCUGGGAGUGUGUUUAUGAGUUUAUGUCGCCACUUGCCGUCGGUGGUUGAAUCUGAGAUCUGAAGUAUUUUGUUUCGGUGCGAAGAUGAGCGAAAGUCCGGACCCGAAUGGCGCCAAGGAUCGCGCCAAGCCCGUGGAGACCCUGGUUCUGGCCAAUUAUGCGCUGAAGGCUGAGCAGAAGCGUGCCGCCGGACAGGGCGGCCGCAAGGAGGAUGAGCGCAUCACCAGCGCUGUCAUGAAGGUCCUCGAGGGCUACGAUUGGAAUCUGGUACAAGCCUCAGCCAAGGCGCCCACGGAUCGCAAGAAGGAGCACAUCAAGCGUCCGAUGAACGCGUUCAUGGUCUGGGCCCAGGCAGCUCGUCGCGUCAUGUCCAAGCAGUAUCCGCAUCUGCAGAAUUCCGAGCUGAGCAAAUCGCUGGGCAAGUUGUGGAAAAAUCUGAAGGAUAGCGAUAAGAAGCCGUUUAUGGAAUUCGCCGAGAAGCUGCGCAUGACGCACAAGCAGGAGCAUCCCGACUACAAGUACCAGCCGCGCCGCAAGAAGGCAAGGGUCAUGCCUCAGCACCAGGGAGAGGGCAUAGCCCCCACAGCAGCCACCGCGGCCAACCCUUCCACGAUUUCAGUCGGUGGCAGGCAGCAGAGGAGCUCCAAUUCGGGGGUCGCCACCAACGGCCAGAGGCGUGCUCCGAAGGUUAACGGAUCCAAUCUGUGCUCCACGGCGGGCUCCAGCUCCAGUUCUACCUCAACCUCCGCCUCCACCUCGGAUGUUUUCAGCAAUGAGGCCUUCAUGAAGUCCCUGAACAGUGCCUGCGCCGCCAGCCUCAUGGAGCAGGGCCUCAACCUGAACAGCGAACCAGGCCUGGAUUCACCCUGCUCCACGGCCAGCUCCCUUUCCUCCCUGACACCACCGGCCACGCCGUACAGUGGGUCCUCCGUGAAGCCCACCGUGGGAGGAGUUUCCUUGAAUAGCUCCAGCCUGCUGCUCCGGCAGCUCAGCGAGCCGAGCAGUAAUGGAGGAAAUUCGGAUUACGGAGUGCUGUUGGAUGCUGGCCGGGAGUACAUAGCCCUGGGCGACGUCAACUACAGCCAGCAGCAGCAGCAGCAGCAGACGCAGGGGGGCCCUGAGAUGGACUUUCUAGAGAACAUCAACGGCUAUGCAGGCUAUACGGGCCAUGGUCGAGGGGUAAAUUAUGCCGGCUACUCUUACACUGCCGCUGAAGGAGGAGGAGGAGUGGGCCUUGCAGUUGGCGAUUUCCAAGAGCAGCAGCAAGAGCAGCAUCAGCAUCAGCCCCAUUCGCAUCCACAGGCCACAACGAGCGUCAGCGCGUCACAGGCCAGUGGAGCCUUAAAUUACAAGUCAGCCACUGACAUCGAUCCCAAGGAAAUUGACCAGUAUCUCAUGGAUCAAAUGCUGCCCAUGGCGCACCAUCACUCGCCGCCUUUGAACUCCUCCGCCUCGCUCUCCUCGGCCUGCUCCAGUGCCAGUGCCAGCUCCCAGGCGGUCGUCGAGUGUGCGGCCUACUAUGAACAGUUGGGCUACCCCCCCGCCCACAGUCAGAGCACGAACUUUGGCCCCCACCAUGCAACAUAUGUUUCUGGGGCCACUCCACUCACCAAUCCGCAUCCACACACACAUCCCACUGCUCUCAGUGCGCCUGAAACGCAGCAGGAAUUGCAAUCCCAUUCGCAUCCCCAGCUAAAUCAACAGCAGCAGGAGCAGCAGCAGCAGCAGCAUCAGCACCAACACCAGCACCAGAAUCCAUCGCAGCAUCAUCUUUGGGGCACUUACACUUAUGUCAAUCCCUAAGAUACUUCAUUUGCACAUUUGUUGUCCUGCGCUGGAGCUUCCCCUCUUUAUGGGUCACUCGAAUGUCUUUCGUUUAUUGGUUUAUUGUCUGUGCAAUGUGUUUCUGUGUGUGUCUGUUUGUGUCUGUCUGUGUGAGUGUUGAGCUCGAGGGUCUUUUUGGAAGAUUUUGUGCAAUUUAAGCUAAUCGCUGCGAUUUUCCUUUAUGGCUGCAUUCCGUUCCCCUCAUCAAUAUGCUAUUCUGAUGGGAAUUUAUUUUCACAAAAGAAAUGCGAAAACAAAUGCGAGACAAUUCCAUAUGGAAAUUACUUCGAUUGCUCGUAAAAUGUACCUCGAAAGUGAUGCUUGAAUUCAUAGUUAAAUGACAGAAAUACAAUAAAUAAAUAUAGUU